AUGAUGCAUUAUCAACGUCGGAAUGAAGUGUUAGAGACAGCAGAAGAAGCAGCAGCAGCAGCAGAAGAAGAAGCAGAAGCAGAAGAAGUAACGAGUCCACAGGAAGAAAUUGAUCUUACUGUCUCAUCCUCAUCUGAAGAUGAAGAUUAUGAACCCAAUGCAAUUGGAGACAGUGAUGAUGUUAUUGAAAUUAUUGAACCGUUGCAGACAUUAGUAAACGCUUCUCAGCCGACGUCUUUGCGUCGGAAACGACGUCGAUCAGGAGUGACUGCAAGUGAAAACGUCGUUUUGGAACCUAAACGUCAGCACGCCAUGGACAUGAUGCAAAGUGUUGAAUCGACGGAUGUUGGAAUGCGUAACAGCGAGAUGUUGCAGAAAUUUAAGAAUGAACUCAAGUGCACCAUUUGUCUCGAUGUGAUGGACGACAUAACUUCUACGAUAUGUGGUCAUAUUUUUUGCGCUGGAUGUAUCCGCCAAGCGAUUCGUGCCAAUGGAAAAUGUCCGCUGUGUCAGCGUCGUUUGCAUCUCAAGGACAUUCAUCCACUCUUUUUUUAG